AGCAAAAUUCAGCCUCAGAUAAGAGAGAGAGAGAGAACAUGUAAAGCACUUUGUCGAGUGGAUUAAAAGCAUUUACGACACUGUCAGUGGAGGAAUGAGAUGAUGCGGCGCUGAGAGACUCCAAGUUUCCUCCGUCGGAGCUUUGCGGGAGAUCAAGAUGGAGAAGUGUCUGUGGUGUACCACGUCUCUGGAUUCAGAGGGUGACGCAGCGAUGAUCGCCCUGUUGCGCAGCUACAGCUCAGGACAGCAGUCUGAAAUGGAGAUGGACUCUCUGAAUGAAGACCUCUGCUGCUGUCUGGAGUGUGUGGUGGAGUAUCAUCGAGCCCGAGAGAAUGUCCCUGAUCUGCACAAGUGCUUGUGGGAAAUGGAGAUUGCUCGACUCCUGCGCGUGUUGACGUCAAUUUUGGAUCAGGAGCUGGGAGAUGAGGAUGAUAUCUAUAUCAUUGAAGGCGAUCAUGAGCAGCCGGUGUUGAAGAUCUCUCCUGGAGAUUUCCAUACCCGUAUCCACGUCCCACUGUGUGAAAUUUUGAGAUAUCCAUACCUGCUGUGCUGCCGAGAGCUGUCUGAUAUGAUGGUUAGGGCCUUGUACAAGUUGCAGGAUUUGCAGCAGCCUUUGAAUGUGUCUGAGAAGUAUCAGGGAACAUAUCUGCUGCUCGUUCAUCCCGAUGAACAGGUGCGUCGCUGGGCAAUUGAUGCAGCAAAAACCGUGAAGAGUGUAGACCGGGAUGCCUAUUAUGACCUUCAGGAGAUCUUCACUUGCAUGUUUCACAUAAUCGAGCUUGGGAUAUCUUUGGAUUUACCAGAUUUGGAUCCUGAGUGUUUUGCAAGUGGAAAAGUGCCCAUGCUGCCCUCUCACCUCUACGAUGCAAAAAACAAGAAGAACUACUGGCUAGGCAUCUGUAUGUUACUAACACAGCUCAGCGCUGAGGCAAUGGACUCUCUCUUCGUGGGACAAUUUAAUAUCCCGCUUUGCAUACUCAAUACAAUGGAUGCAUUGAAAAAGGAGGAUAACUCCGCUUCUGACCCUUUCUGGCCAGCCCUCCACUGUUUCAUGGUCAUUUUAGACCGACUUGGUUCCAAGAUUUGGGCUCAGGUUGACCCUAAUAUGGCUUUCCAGACCAUCACUGGAGCAGCCAGCUAUAUGUGUGAAUUAAGAAGCAUCCAGCAAAAGACAAUGGGGAGGAUGGUUAAAGUAGAGCCAGAAUAUGACGACAAUGUCGUGACUUGCAGUCAGAUGGUGUAUGACUGUUAUGCCUCGAAAAAACAAGGCCAUGCACCUGGCUCAUCCAACAGUGGUGUUGGCAGCAACUAUGUGAUUUAUGAGGAUAUGCAAUCACUGGUCAGCGUGCUUGAUUCGGAGAUGGGCCAGAGCAUGCGUGUAUAUGGAUGCACUUUUUUGUGGUUCAUCCCAUUUGUCCGUUCCAUAAUGGAACUUCAAGAGCACAAUGCUUCCUAUAUUAGUGAAAUCAUCCACUAUCUUUGUGAUAAGAUCCGAGAUCAUCGAUACAUGCUGACUGGACAAGCAGGCGAGUGUGAUAAAGUGACUGAGCUCUUUGCUCGUAUCUUUAUUCAAAUCGUUGAGCUACACUUUACCGAAGGACGAAUGGGAAUACUUUCUCGCUGUCCCCCCAAGUGGGUUGAGGUGGUUGUCAUGUGCGUCGUCCUAUCGGAUGAACCUCAUGGACCCCCAGACAGGAUGGGUGGGAUACACAGUGUCAGUUCAACGUCUUACAAUCUUGGCAUUGUAGGAAGACCUACAUCUGAAUGUGGGAAUGGAGCAAUAAUUAAAGGCUGUUUGACACUUAUUCGGCAGCUGCUUAAAGAAGGGAAGAGGAGAUCUGACCCAGAUGCGGCCAUGUUUUUGAAUUUGCUUAACAAGCAGCUGCGUGGUGAUACCAACAAAAGGUGGAGUCUAACUUUUUCAAAUUCUGCAAAGCUUCAGCAAUGUUUGAGGAAAAUUGUGCAGCUAAUGGCUGAAAGACCUGGUAUUCCACCCCGAUCCGCACCAUCUGUUGAGGCAGCUACAAAUACGGUUGUUUCCAGAAAUUCAGUAUCAACCUGCCAACAACAAGAGGACCCGGAGGCAGGACCCAGCCGAGCUGCGUUUAUCAAAGAGGAGCCUCUUUGUAAUUAUGGAAAAAAAUCUUUCUCCAAUGAGGAAUUCUCAUGUGGGCCUAAGGAUGUCUUCAAGGCUAAGAAGGAACCUUCUGAUCCAGUGUUAAUUUCAGAGCUGAGGCCUGCGGUUGAGUUGACAAAUAUAAAACCAGAUCUGGGUAAACUGCAGGAAAUUCGAUCAAGAUUAAAUGAUGACCAGAGUUUGUCAAAGAUUGAAGCAAUUGCAAGAAAGAAGUCUGGUGUGUCAGCUAAAAAGAGGCCAGGUUUUGGGGCUAUAAAAAAUGAGGAGGAGGAUGAUGAUGAUGAUGAUGAUGAUGAUGAUGAUGAUGAACCCCUUCAUAUCACUCGAACCCGUCUGAUAAAAUCUGCUAUUCACAAGCUUGAAUCUAGUGACUCUGACGUUGACUGCAGAGUGUCUGCAGUUAACUCAAAGCAGAACGUAGAGUCCAGUACCAUUGUUAUCUCUGAUGACGAAGAUUCUGAUAAUGAUAUAAGGCCAAAUGACCCCUUGAGGUCUACUUACAAAGAAUGCACAGUGAAAAACAAAUCUCCAGAGAGUCCUGUCAUGCUUGAGAGUCCUGGGCGUGAUUAUGAUGAUCUAAGUGAAUCACAAGUGUUUGAGUUUGAGACCCAGCAAUAUGUGGCAUCUGCUUGGGAUAAUGCUGAUUUGGAUGGAUCAGUCUUGACGAAGCUCAAAUCAGAUGAAAUACUCAAGCCACAGUUGGAUGAAGCACCUAAUGUAGCAUCUCCCUCAUGGAGUUCAGAGACUGAACUGGUACCAGAUGAGGACAUUGAGAGGGCCUGUCAGCAGGCAGAAGAGAAGAUCAGACAACAGCAGCCACAAAAGCCAGCAGAUGAGAUGGAAAGAGGCUAUAAGCAGGCAGAAGAGAAAAUCAGACCACAGCAGACACGAGAGACAGCGGAUUUGCAUGAAUUCUCAUCCAAAGCAUCAAGUACUACAGAAAGCUGGGAUAAAUUUGCCAAACCAAAACCUCUAAAGACUAAAAUAACAAAAAACACUCCAUCUGAUAAGAGGGACCAUUUACAGGUUAAAAAGCCAGUGUUAAUUGAUGCCCUUGCUCAAAAAAUGAGACGCCACCCUUGGAAACGUAGCUCAACAUCUGAGGACAUGGAGGAACCUUCCUCUUCGACUACUCCAUCCUCAUCUGCUGUAUCUUCAUCAUCAUCAUCAUCAUCAUCAUCAUCUUCAUCCUCUCCAUCCUCCAGCUCCAUCACUUCUCCUUAUUUUUCUGCAUCUACGUCACGGAGCACCCCUGCCAUUGUUCCUCCAAAGAAGGUGCGUAAAAUUGCUGAGCCAGAAUCAACGGCGGAGCGUUUGGGAUUGAAAAAGAAGGAAAGGAAAGCGUUUGAUCUUUCUCAGCGUUCACUAGAUUGUGUGGCCAAACUUCGGUGCCAUGGCCAGAAAGUGCAGGUGGAGCCACAUCAGAAAAGAAGGCGAGUGUCUCGAACCACUAAGACUUCUCCGCAGAAACGUAUGGUGAAAGCCAACAAGAAACUAAUCGGAUCUCAAGAUAUUCAAUUUUUCAGGCAAAGUCGUGAGAAGCAUCAGAAGCCAGCAACAGAACCCAUUACAACAUCAGCUUCCAAAACAGUCAGUCGGCAAGAUGAAUUGCACUCAUCGAGACCAACAGUUCCAAACAAUGAGGAUGGUCACUUUUUGCCCUGUCCUCAACCAGAUGCCCAAUGUCAGCAGGAUAAUGAAAAGGGUGCAUUAGGGAGUAGUGAUUCUAGUGGGGAUGGGGUUGGGAAUAAGUUCCUCCAAGCUAGUGAGGCUGCUGAAGGCAACAUGGAAGGAGAGAAAUCUGUUCAAGAAUCAAAAGAGGAUGUUGAUGAAGAAUGGAUGUUCUAUACACAGAUGGAACCUACAGACAUGGAAAUCUGUUCACAAAUGGAGCAAUUUGAGGAUGAAAAUGAUGAACUCUUUCUUACCCAGAGAGAUCCUGUUGACAUGGACAUCGAUACAGAUAGUGAGUCAGAUACCCCCGGUCAACCUGACUUCACAGACAAAAAUUUACAGCCACCUAAUGCUGCAAAUGAUCAUUUGUUCUUGAAGCCAGGCAUGUCACCCAUGUCUCAGAAAAAAGCCAAACCUUCCACCACUAAAAUAUACACUCCCAGCUCCCGUAGUGCCUCACUUGUCCUUGAAAUGGAAAAAGGAGCCAAGCCUCCCCCUCCUGCAAAUGUUGCUAAAGCAAAAAUUCCUCGAUUACCCAUAGCAAUGCCACCACCAAAACUGCCACCCCCCAAAAUGUUCCAGCCUCUACCCCCUCCACAAUUACCAAAGCCACCUGCCUUAAAACAAGUAACCCUUCCUCAGGGCAGUGUCCCCAAGUUGGUCACCAGUAAUAAAAUAAGCUCAACCUCAGAACCCCCAUCGUACAAGGUAUACCAAAGACCAGAGGCUCCAGUUAACAAGCCAGUAAACAAACCAGUGCCUACAAUGGAUCAAAGCCCAAAGUUUGACCUUUCGGUCUUAACCCAAGCAAUUCUUAAAUGGGAAUACAGAAUGCUUGAUAAUUACAAAGCAUUUGGGAGUCCACUUGAUCUGUGCCAACUGCCGCUGAAGGAGGUGCCAGUAAAUUUUCCUUCCUACCUGGAGUACUUCAACACCUUGUACCCACUGCUGCUAAUUAAUGCAUUUGAAGAGAUGGCUAAUGAAUGGCUUAAAGAGGGAAGGGUCAAACUGUACCUAAAAGUCCAAGGUAUUGAAUACAGCAAUCGCACUGCUAGUGCCAGCUUCAUUGCCGGCCUUUCUCACGAAUGUGAUCUGAAACAAAUUUACCCAAAAGAAGAUGACCUUGUAUUGCUUUGGCUGCCAGACAACACUGGGGCAUACGCCCAGGAUGAACCAAAUUUUCAUGAUCUACAUCCUCAUUUUGGCUAUGUAUCCCGGUCCAAUGUUUCAAACAGAACUCCAGGUUCCAGGUCAACUUUAAACCUGACAAUUCAGACACGUGGUAAUGUGUCAUCAGUGAAUUCCCAACCUGUGCUCUGUGAAGUUGUUGGAUCAUUGAUCAGCAUAUUUCGGGAGUUUCGUGCACUGUGUUUGCUGAGAAAUGGACCAAUGCUACGUCCUCUUCUUGCACCCCAUGUGUCUUUUUUCACACAUUCUUUGGAUGGACCAUCGGACCUAGAUGCACCAGAAUUCAACCGGGACCAGGCAAGAGCAAUAGCUUGUGGGAUCGCUAUGAUACACCGAAAACAGAAGACCCCAAAAUUUCUCCUUAUUCAUGGUCCUCCUGGCACUGGGAAGAGUAAAACAAUUGGUGGCCUGUUGUACAAACUGCUGUCUUCGGCUACUAAUAGUUCUGCUCCUGUGGGCAACCUUCACUCCAAGUCUCGACGGACACGCGUUCUUCUCUGUGCACCUUCUAAUGCUGCCAUUGACAGUCUGAUGAAGAAAGUCAUCUUGAUCUUUAAAGAGAAAUGCCGAAACAUUAACGCACCUCAAGGUAACUGUGGUGACAUAAACCUGGUAAGACUGGGAAGUGAAAGAACCAUCUCAAAGUCACUAAAACCUUUCAGCCUCGACCACCAGACUAAAGCAAGAGCUCAGCGAGCCCAGCAAACUGUAGAAUCUGAUGUACACAGGCGGAAGGAGCAACUGGACCAGAUGAUUGAAAAUCUCUCUCAUCAAUGUGCAAAAACCCAGAAGAAUUCUACUGAGUUCAAAAAUUUAAUUGAGCAGAAGAAGCAGUUUCUGAAGGAAAGAGAAGGGCUGAGUCGGCAGAUUAAAGAGUGUCGCAGCAGAAGACAGGAGAGUCAAGCUCUUGUCCUUCAGAAUGCUCAUGUGAUCUGCUGCACGCUCAGCACAAGUGGAAGUAUUGUCCUUGAAAACGCCUUCCGACGUCUGGGACAUGAGCCAUUUAGCUGCGUCAUCAUCGAUGAGGCUAGUCAGGCUAAAGAAACGGAGACGCUGAUUCCCAUGCUGUAUCGAUGUCCUUCUGUUAUACUUGUUGGUGAUCCUAACCAGCUUCCACCAACCGUUGUCUCCCAGAAAGCAAAGGAGUUUGGCUUCGACCAGUCUCUGAUGGCACGGUUAUGCAAAAGUCUUCACCCCUCAAACUCAAAACUCCCUCCAAUCCUUCUACUCAGUAUGCAAUACCGCAUGCACCCAGACAUCUGCGAAUUCCCUUCCAAGUACAUCUACAACAGCGCACUCAAAAAUGACUGGCAGGGGCAGUGCAGACAGGAGCAGGAGAUUAGGACUGUGUCUGAAUUCAGACUCCUCAGGUCAUUGAGCGGACCAUGCGUGUGUGAGACUGCUCAGAAGCGCUGCUCCCUCAGCUGGCCCUUCAAGCCCUACAAAGUGUUUGACGUGAUGGAUGGGAGAGAGACCAAGGAGAGAGACUCAUUUAUCAACCAUAAAGAGGUCAAACUGGUGGAGCUGCUGUUAAAGCUGCUGUGUAAGGAGCAAGCGGUGCGAGUCGGUGUCAUCACGCCAUACAAUGCCCAGAAACAACGGAUACUGGAUGCCAUCAAGACUUCAGGCAUCAACAAGCAGCUUCAGGUGGAAGUGGACACAGUUGAUGGCUUUCAGGGUAGAGAAAUGGACUGUAUUAUUGUGUCCUGUGUGAGAGCCAGCAGUGAAAUGGGUUCCAUUGGGUUUGUUGGAAAUCGCCAGAGGAUGAACGUAACGAUCACCAGAGCCAGGUUUAGUCUCUUCAUACUGGGACAUCUACGCACACUCAGGGAACAAAGUGAUUGGGGAGCGUUGAUUGAGGACGCAGGGCGACGUGAAUGUAUAAUCAACACCAUGCAGAAAAAUUUCGAAAGCGACGUCAAGAAGAUCGUUAAACAAAAACCAAACACGGUGAGCCGCAGUCUUUCUCAUCCCCCUAUAGACCGACCAAGCGCUGUGACCCGACCCGCUAUGCAUUCCCCUGUGGAGGCAGGGCCUUCAUCUGUACCCCGCCCCCAUCACGACACCACUCAGGCUGCACAGCCAAUGCCACGGCUCAUACCAUUGGAGUGCCCUAAAGAUCCGCGAAUGAGUGACAGGCCUUCAGACCCACGGUUUUCAGAACGGCGGCCAAUCAGAGAAGAGACACAAGACAGAAGUAGACGGGAUAUUCCAGCAUCACGCCAUUCAUCACACAGAUCUAAUUCAUAUGAUGGAAGUCAUCGAAGUUCUGGACAGACUUCCAGAUACUCUUCAAAACACCGUGGUUCUUCACCACCAAGGAGGAGAUGAUUUAAUCAUCUGUUUUUAUUUGUCAUUUAAAACUUUACAGCAAUGCAUUGAGUCUUUCUUUUCUUCCUUUCAUCAAUGUGUUUGACUCUGCACAAAGCGUCAGUGUUCAACAUCUCGUUCUCAGGCAGUUGCUUUACAGUUAGCUUGACUAAAUCAUUUUGUGGUGGUGUUUAUGUAAUUUUUGGACUCUUCCUAAUAAUUCUGUGCUGCAAAAUGAACAUUUAUAAAGUGUUUUAUUCAUGAAGGAGGAUGUUUUGUUUUGUAUAAGAGGUUUGGGUUUUUGGACCUUAUGUUUGUCUCCAAAAAAAAAAAAGAAUAAUGCAAUAACUGCACUCAUAAGCAGUCUGACUUGCUCAGAAAUAACCUUUUGUAUGUAUAGUUUUUGACUUAUUUGAAUGUAAAAUAGAUUUGUGGAUUUAUGAGCGGAUUGGUUUGGUCUGUAAUUGUCACGCGUGCAUUGCUGUUUGUGUUUCACUCAUUGUUUUAUACUGACUUUUAAUAUACAGAUGUAUUUCUUUGUUUGACUGUUAGAAUCAUCCUUUUUCAGGUGUAAAAAUUAGAGAGGCUAAGAAUUGUUGGAAAAAGCCAAAAACAAAACAGUGUUCGUUAACAUUUUAAUUUCAAAUGUAUUGUGUUGGAGUUGUGAAUGAAAGUUAAGUUUGAUGUUGUAUAGUUAAAUUCUUCCAGCCUGGAGAUUGAGACAUUAACCCUCCUACCGUAGCAUUUAUUACUGAGUUUUAUCUUGAGUGAUCAGUUUUACAGUGUAUGAAGAGGUCUUUGCUUUGUACAGAAGCACUUUUUUUUGUAGACGGGAAAUUAAAAGUUUUCUGUAUUUAA